GUGGAGGAUACAGAUCCGGUCAGUGCUCUCUCCUGCAAUGUCGACAUAUUCAACAGUCACGAAUCAACUGAGCUGAUGUCACAGUUCAAGCCAGCUUUCAGAUUAACCAGCCACUCUCUCCCUCUUCUUAAUUCUAUCACACAACCGCCCCAGUUCGCAAAGUUGAUAUCGUCUUCGUGUUGCUGUAUUGAGGAGAAGUAUGCCGUGAAACUAGCCUGUCUACUGAGAAUAUUUCCCAUUUGGAACCGUGCGACGUUCCAUCAUGAAGAUGAUCUAAAGACCAUCAAUUUUGCCCAUUUCUGCUAG